AGGACUGUUACUUGGCGGCUCGGAGCAGGCGCUACCGCAGUUCGGCUGGGAGUCUCUGCCGCCCGGACACGCACAGCGCUCGCCCCGCCGCCAUGUCCAAGGAGGAGAAGAAGCCGUUCAGCCAGACCAUGGCCGAGUGGCGGCAGUUCGUGUACAACCCGCGCAGCGGCGAGUUUCUGGGGCGCACGGCCAAGAGCUGGGGUCUAAUCUUGCUGUUUUAUCUGGUAUUCUAUGGUUUCCUAGCAGCACUCUUUACAUUCACAAUGUGGGUUAUGCUUCAAACCUUGAGCGGAGAUAUUCCUAAAUAUCGUGACCGGAUUUCUAGUCCAGGACUUAUGAUUUCACCAAAGCCAGUCACUGCAUUGGAAUUUUAUUUUAAUAAGUCUGACUCCAAGUCAUAUGCAGAAUAUGUUUCUACCCUUAAACAAUUUCUAAAAUCUUAUGAUGAUUCAAAACAAUCCAAAAACAUAGCAUGUACCGCAGGAAAACUGUUUGAGCAGAAUGAAGAUCGUGCUGUUAAGCAGGCAUGUCAGUUUAAUCGCACUAAGCUUGGAUCAUGUUCUGGAGUGGAAGAUGACACUUUUGGCUAUGCUAAAGGAACUCCAUGUGUACUUGUGAAAAUGAAUAGAAUAAUUGGAUUAAAGCCUGAAGGAGAACCACAUAUACAAUGUUCACCUAAGGAAGAAGGCAAGGUUCAGAUAACUUAUUUUCCUGAUGGGGGAAUGAUUGAUUUAAUGUAUUUUCCAUACUAUGGAAAAAAAUUACACGCUGACUAUCUACAGCCGCUAGUGGCUGUUCAACUAGCAAUUAACUCCAGCAUUACCAAAGAAGAUGUAACAAUUGAGUGUAAGAUUAUGGGAUCUCCCAAUUUAAGAAAUGAAGAUGACCGUGACAAGUUUCUUGGACGAAUUUCCUUCAAAGUUCAGAUGUCUGAAUAACAUGAGUCAAUCUCCACAAAGUAAACAUUGUGUUGUCUGUUUUUUUAUUUUAUAUCUUCUGGACGUGUCAUUCCAGGAUAUAAGACCACCUGGGAUAAUGUGGCACAUGGCGUUCAGGGUAGCAUAAUAGUGUGCUUCCAAAUCAUAUUUAAAAUCCCUCAAAAUAACUGCCUGUCAAGCUUCUGCCUGCCCCACUGGACCAGUGUACAGACCAUAGUUAUGUGAUAUUAGGGACCUGUAAAUAGUUGAUUCCAAACAUGUAAUAAUGGUGGUCUUUGUCUGUUCUGAAAUGUGGUUUUAUCCCCAAGUGACUGUCUCAAACAUAGUGUGCUGUGCUAUGUAAAUACUGUAUUGAUUUAACACUGGUUUGACUGUCAUAUCUCAACACUGAUACAGUUUUAGGGAUCAAAUGAUAAGAAUAAAUGGUACCUGACCAACAUAGUUAUUUAAAAAAAAAAAAAAAAAAACUCUGCAAGAAUUGCAUGUGUGGAGACGCCUUAAGUCCUGUACUGGGUUGGGGGGACUAAAUAAAAUGGAUUUUAAAAGUGUUGAUAUGGAUUUUUGAAAUUAUUUAAGUGCUGAAUUACUCUGUUUUUGUGCUUGUCACUGUGCAGGUAUGUGUAAACAUGUAAUAUUUAGUAUUUUAAUUGAGAAAUUGAAUCUCACUGUAUUGUUAAUUGCUUGCAGUAUGUGGAACCCAAAUAACACAUACAGUGUAAUUUAAAAACUUUAGUUGAGAAAUAUAAUCUGAAACAGUUUCUUUGACAUGUUAAUGGUUUCGAGUCCUGGUAACAAUUGUACUAUGGAGUUUGCUUGAAAGAAAUGGCCUCACUAUUCUGUGAGUCGACUUUUGGUUUUUUUCGAUAAAAUCAAAAUUCCUAAAAUGGAAAACUUCUGUUUUAAAAUUAAAAGCAAAAUGAGAAUUGUCUUAAUUAAACACUUCUUUAAUGUUUAUACUUGGUUCCUUCACAUCACUUUUGCCAUAUGUUUGGAGUUUUUUUACCUUCAUUCAACUUUUGUAUUGAAUUUUUGGUGUGCUGCUUCAUCCACCACUUGAGAGAAAUUUGCUUUGCCCAUCCUGUUACCUGAAAAACCACUUCUCAGUCUGCAGCUAGUCCAGGUUUCUGUGAGAUUGCGCUUUACAUCAAAUUGAAUUGCAGCCAUUUAGAUCUCUCACUAUUGUAGUUCCUGCAAUAUUGCUAAUAAAGGAGCAGUGCCACUUUUUCC